AUGCGCACUGUGCGCUUGGACUUUCAAAAAAGCAACUGUCAUAAACAUAAUUUAAAUGAAUUUGAUUUAUCAUCUUGUUAUGGCAUAUUACAAUGUUUAACUCGAGAGAUAUCGAAGAAUCGUUGUUGGGAUGAACAUUUUAGUUCAAUGGACCCAAAUGAUCAUUCAUUAGCUGCUCAUUUUAAUCGAUUACGUUUAAUACGUAAUACAAAUUUUGGUUCCAAUAAGACAACACUUGGAUCAAAAUACGGACAUAAUGAAAAGGUUGAAAAUAAUAAAAUAGUUCGUUGGUUCAAUGCUGAAUCAAGAGAUUUAGUUUGGAAUGAUUACAAAAAUAUGGUAACAAAAGAGCUUAGAAAUGAUAUAAAUGAAAGACAAAUUAUUAUUAAUUUGGUAAACAGUAGACUGGAAAUAUUAUUUAUAUUUGAUAAUGCAAAAUGUGCUGAUGAUAAUAAUGAAUUAAUAAUAAAUUUACCAACUAAUGUUCAAACAGUUAUAACAACUAAAAAUAAUAAUUUCGAAGAUGAGUUUGAGUUUGGCAACGAAUCAAAUUUAGAAAUGAAACCAUUUAAUAAAAGUGAAUGCAUCGAAUAUAUGAAAAGGUUGGAUAAAAAGAGAACGUUUAAUCAAUUUCAAGCAGAAAAUCUGUUGAUCUGA